AUGAAAUCCGAAAAACCAGGGAACAACAGUAUAGAAAAGCAUGCUAAGGAAUGCGAAAAAUGGUCUGAGUCAGUACGCGAAGCUUGCAGGCACGAGCUCAAGAAUGCUAGGACUGCGCAUAAAAAUGGCAUUCGAAUGUGGCUAAUAGAGCAAGGAUGGGAGCCUGAAAUGGCUUACUUCGACUGGGACUUCAUUGCACGACUUCGUAUCAUCAGGGAGCCAAGGUGGCUGAUCCCAAGGAGUGAGCUCCCGCCUCUUAAAUCAAUGUUGAAGCUCAGAGAUAUUCACAUUGAGAAGACUGUCUUCUCUAACCGACACCGCACUCUGAUAGAGGCAUACAAACGCUACCUGAAGAAACCAAAACAGCCUGGCACUGAGACCCGAUUGAACAAUUUCAUGCCCCACUUUGCUGACGUCUCUGCCUUCCAGCCUUUUGACGCUAUAAUCAGGUCGCGCUUCAACAAGGUCAUCACUGCUAAGCACUUUACACCAGCGUUUGCCGAGCUUCCUACCUUGAUAUCAACGUGGCGACAGAGAAUCGAAGCAGAGUUAGUUGAAUGCUAUCUACCCCCUCUCUCUUCUUCUGUCACUGGUGAAGCGGCCACAGACGCCCCUUCGCCAGCCACAUGCAUGUCUUAA